AUGGCUGCGUGGCUGCUGGCAUGCAACGUCUUCCUUGAAACAGUCGAUACGUCGAGGAAUGCAUUCACACGCACUGCACUUGUGGCUGUAGACCGCGGUGACCAUGCAUUGGCGAACAGAUUGGAUACUGCGGUAGGCAGCAUAGUCAACAAACGCUGGGUUAAAUUCUGGGUUGCCUAUGGAAUUUCGAAGAACGGUUUUGGCGUUCCCGGGAGCUGGAAGCCAGAAAUUCUCCAACUCCGCCUAAACAUUGUUGUCAAGGCUUUGAUGCUGCCGUGGGAUUGCUACGCGCCUCAGCGGAGUGACGGGCUACACUUCUAG